AGCAGCUGCUUCAGGUCACCUGCUCCCCUUUCCAUCUCCCAAACUCCCGACUCCCAACUCCCAGAGGCCAAAGCUGGCCGCAGUCCCCUCGAUCGAAACCCUAGAUCUCUUCUCCCCCCUGCAUUCUCACUCUGCCCCAACCCCUCGAGAUCGCGUCUUCUUCGCCUCAGAUCUGCUCCAUGUUCGCUCCCGCCGCCGGCCGCCGUUCUCCCGGUCCCCGGAAACCCUAGAUUUGGCCCCAUUCUGUCUCCUAACUUCAGAUCUACGUGGCAUCCAUGGAGAAAACGUCGUUCUUGAUCUCUUUGGCCGUCGCGAGCUGCUUGGCGUGGGGCGCCCGCUCCUUCGGGCUCUCCUCGGAGCUCGUCCACAGGUUCUCGGACGAGGCACGGACGGUAGCGGCGUCCCGAGGCGGCUGCGGCCGGUUUCCGGUCCGCCGGAGCGAGGAGUACUACCGGAUGCUGGCUAGGAGCGAUAUCCGGCGGCUCGGGGCUCGGUACAAGAUGUUGUUCCCCUCCGAGGGCAGCGAGGCGGUGUCGCUUGGCAAUGACUUCGGAUGGCUACAUUACACAUGGAUCAAUAUUGGGACUCCUAAUGUUUCCUUCCUUGUAGCAUUGGAUGCGGGAAGUGACUUGCUUUGGAUCCCAUGUGAUUGCAUACAAUGUGCUCCUUUGUCUGGUUAUCAUGGCAGUUUGGAUAAAGAUCUUGGCUUGUAUAAUCCAGCUGAGUCAAGAACCAGCAGAUAUCUCUCCUGCAGUCAUGAGCUAUGUAGUUUGCGUUCAAGUUGUGGCAACUUAAAGCAGCAUUGCCCGUACAAUAUCAAAUACUACUCAGAAAAUACAUCCAGUUCGGGCUUGUUGGUUGAGGAUAUAUUGCACUUGGCAUCCACUGAGGAUCGUGCAUCUGUUCAGGCUUCAGUCAUCAUUGGUUGUGGUAGGAAACAGAGUGGUGGUUAUCUGGAUGGAAUUGCUCCUGAUGGCCUUCUUGGUUUGGGAUUUGGAGACAUUUCGGUUCCAAGCUUCCUUGCAAGAAAUGGAUUGAUACAAAAUUCUUUCUCAUUGUGCUUUCGAGAUGAUAAUUCUGGGAGACUUUUAUUUGGAGAUGAAGGUCUAUCCAGCCAGCAGUCUACACCAUUUGUUCCUUUGGAUGGAAAAUACAUCACUUAUAUCAUUGCGGUGGAGAGUUUGUGUAUUGGAUCUCAAUGUCCUGGGAAAACUAGCUUUCAUGCACUAGUUGACAGUGGGUCGUCUUUCACGUUUCUUCCUGAUAACGUUUAUAAGAGAGUCACUAUGGAGUUUGACACACAAGUUAAUGUUUCAAGGCUCGCAACUGAUAAUGAAUCUCCAUGGGAAUACUGUUAUGAAGCCAGCCCUCUUGGGAUGCCUGCUGUGCCAACAGUUAAAUUGAUAUUUGGUGGAAACAAGAGCUUCACAGCUGUGAAUCCUAUUUUUCUUGUCUACGAUAAUGAGGGAGAACUUACUGCAUUUUGCUUAGCUCUACAGUCAUCUCAAGAAACUCUUGGCACAAUAGGGCAGAAUUUUAUGACAGGAUAUCAUAUGGUCUUUGAUAGAGAGAAUUUGAAGCUGGGAUGGUCCCAAUCAGAUUGUCGUGAUCUCGACAACACCAGGAGAAUGCCUCUGAGUUCGCCACCACAUAACAGGCCUGAGAAUCCACUGCCAACAAACGAGCAACAUAGCUCUCCCAACACCCAUGCUGUAUCACCUGUGGUCGCCGGACGGGCUCCCCUUGCUAACUCUACGUCAGUUUCCAAAUUGAUUGAUGCCUGGUACUGUUUGUUGUUGCUCCUCACUCAACUUGCUGUAUUUGCCAUUGGGUGACACUCUUUGUUCUAAAAAUAUAAAUAGUAAUGUGUAAAUCCUGCUUUAUGGCUUUUACUUCUUUCCA